AUGCACAAAUUUCAACCAUCUUGGCAAUUCCGAAACAAGGCAUGUUUCUCGACUCAGUUUCCUUUGUUUCGCUAUAAUAGUAACCCCGCGCGUAAAAGGUUCCAGAAAUACCAUCAAUUCAAUCGAAACAAAAGACCUUGCGGGUGGCUGCGAGGCUCGGGAAUGGUUGGCGUGUUUUUAUUAUUUCGCGUCUCCCUUGCGUCGGAGCAAUGGCAAGUCAAAGAACAGCUCACAAAGGUCAGUGUAGCUCAGCACAAGUCUUAG